ACUUCACUCGGCUGUUUAAUAGCUCUGAGAGACAGAAGCCCUUAUUACGGAGCAGGCCGGAAUAAAUUAAUUGAUCGCAAUCAAUACUCACGGGCACUGAUUGAUUUUUCGGAGAAGUGCUACAGUGAUUAUCGGUGAGGAGAGAAUAAACGACGAAGUGCGGGGCCUCUGGGUCUUCUAGGGCCACUAUGGACUCCAUUCCACGAACACACGAAGACAUUGAAGCACAGAUCAGGGAAAUCCAGUCGAAGAAGAAGGAAAUCCAGAAUGCUACGACCGAGAAGGAGCAGGUCGGCCUGGGAAAGACGGGCUUCUACGAUCAAGACAUUUACGAUGGUAGCAAUAACAAAUACGAUGGAUACGUCACGUCGAUAGCUGCUAACGAUGAAAUUGAGGACGAAGAUUACGAACCCACGUCAUUCUCCACGAAGCAGAGGUCUGGGUACACAGCCCCUGCAGCACUCCUCAACGAUGUUGCCCAGAGUGAAAAAGAGUACGAUCCGUUUGCAGACAGACGUAGACCAACGAUAGCCGACAGAGAAGACGAGUAUCGUCAGAAACGUCGUCGCAUGAUCAUAUCGCCCGAGCGAGUUGAUCCGUUUGCCGAAGGUGGAAAAACACCGGACAUCGGCUCGAGGACAUACACCGAGAUUAUGCGAGAGCAGUUGCUCAAAGGAGAAGAAACUGAGUUGAGAAAGAAAAUCGCUGAAAAAGCUAAGGAUGGCACUCUCAAGGCCAACGGUGAGCCAAAACCUGCCCCCAAGAAACGAGGAAGGUGGGAUCAGACUGAGGAUGCACCGGCUGUGAAAAAACCUGCUGGAACAGUCGCCACACCAACUUCAUGGGACAAUGCUGACGUAACUCCAGCGGCAGUUCGAUGGGACGAGACUCCAGGUCACGGCAAGGGUGGAGAAACACCUGGUGCAACCCCAGGAGUCUCAACUCGGAUGUGGGAAUCAACUCCAGGUCACGCAACGCCCGGAGCAGUGACACCGGGUCGUGACACUCCCUCUCACGACAAAAUAAUCACAAGUCGUAGAAAUCGUUGGGACGAGACACCGAAAACCGAGCGAGAGACUCCAGGUCACAACAGUGGAUGGGCAGAGACACCACGAACAGAUCGAGUAGCUGGUGAUCUCAUACAGGAGACACCAACUCCAUCGGCCUCGAAGAGACGCUCCAGAUGGGACGAGACCCCGUCAAAUCAGACUCCAGGAUCAAUGACACCACAGACACCAGCGACUCCUCUGACCACACCUCACCAAACAAUGAUGACACCUAGUGCCGUGACACCAACGGGUCCCAAGGCAAUGGGCCUGGCAACACCAACACCUGGGCACCUAAUGUCAAUGACACCUGAGCAACUCCAGGCGUACCGCUGGGAGCGUGAAAUUGACGAGAGAAAUCGUCCCCUCUCUGACGACGAGCUCGAUGCUCUGUUUCCACCAGGUUACAAGGUACUUCAGCCCCCAGCUGGUUAUAUACCAAUCAGGACACCAGCGAGAAAGCUCACGGCAACCCCAACACCAAUAUCCGGUACACCCCAGGGCUUCUUCAUUCAGACUGAGGACAAAUCCUCAAAAUUCGUGGACAAUCAGCCAAAGGGAAAUUUACCUUUUAUGAAACCAGAGGACGCCCAGUACUUCGACAAACUCCUGGUGGACGUUGACGAGGAGUCGCUGAGCCCUGAGGAGCAGAAGGAGAGAAAAAUCAUGAAGCUACUCCUGAAGAUAAAAAAUGGUACUCCACCGAUGAGAAAAGCAGCCCUCAGACAGAUAACAGAUAAAGCAAGGGAGUUUGGUGCGGGUCCUCUGUUCAAUCAGAUUCUACCCCUGCUGAUGUCACCGACCCUCGAGGACCAGGAGCGUCAUCUCCUCGUUAAAGUGAUAGACAGAAUUCUGUAUAAACUGGACGAUCUGGUGCGCCCGUACGUCCACAAAAUUCUGGUGGUGAUCGAGCCACUAUUGAUCGACGAGGAUUAUUAUGCCAGAGUCGAGGGCAGAGAGAUAAUAUCGAAUCUGGCCAAGGCAGCGGGUCUUGCCACGAUGAUCUCCACGAUGCGUCCUGACAUCGACAACAUCGACGAGUAUGUCAGAAAUACAACAGCCAGGGCUUUUGCUGUGGUUGCAUCAGCCCUGGGAAUUCCAUCGCUCCUGCCAUUCUUGAAAGCCGUCUGCAGAAGUAAAAAAUCCUGGCAGGCAAGGCACACUGGUAUCAAAAUAGUCCAGCAGAUUGCCAUUCUCAUGGGUUGUGCUAUACUUCCACAUCUGAAGAGUCUCGUUGAAAUAAUUGAGCAUGGACUGGUUGAUGAGCAACAGAAAGUCAGGACAAUUACAGCUCUGGCGAUUGCUGCACUGGCUGAGGCUGCCACACCGUACGGCAUCGAGAGCUUUGACUCGGUCCUCAAGCCCCUGUGGAAGGGCAUCAGGACCCACCGAGGAAAGGGUCUUGCUGCCUUUCUCAAGGCUAUUGGCUAUCUCAUUCCAUUGAUGGAUGCUGAGUACGCGAAUUAUUACACGAGGGAAGUGAUGCUGAUUCUGAUAAGAGAAUUUCAGUCUCCGGACGAGGAGAUGAAGAAAAUUGUCCUCAAGGUGGUGAAGCAGUGCUGUGGUACCGAUGGUGUUGAGGCACAGUACAUCAAGGACGAGAUUCUACCGCAUUUUUUUAAGCAUUUCUGGAAUCAUCGGAUGGCCCUCGACAGGAGGAACUAUCGACAGCUGGUGGACACAACUGUGGAGAUUGCCAAUAAGGUCGGGGCCUCUGAGAUUAUUAAUCGAGUGGUGGAUGAUCUCAAGGACGAAAAUGAGCAGUACAGGAAGAUGGUGAUGGAGACGAUUGAGAAAAUCAUGGGUAACCUGGGGGCUGCGGAUGUUGAUUCGAGACUUGAGGAGCAGUUGAUCGAUGGUAUACUCUACGCAUUUCAGGAGCAAACCACUGAGGAUGUGGUUAUGCUCAAUGGUUUUGGCACGAUCGUCAAUACCCUCGGGAAGAGGGUGAAGGCAUACCUACCCCAAAUAUGCGGUACCAUUCUCUGGAGAUUGAACAAUAAAUCGGCAAAAGUACGACAGCAGGCUGCUGACUUGAUAUCCAGAAUUGCUGUUGUCAUGAAGACGUGUCAGGAGGAGAAACUCAUGGGACACUUGGGGGUCGUACUCUACGAAUACCUCGGUGAGGAGUACCCAGAGGUGCUUGGCAGCAUCCUGGGAGCACUCAAGGCCAUUGUAAAUGUCAUUGGAAUGACGAAAAUGACACCUCCUAUAAAAGAUCUCCUCCCCAGGCUCACACCAAUACUCAAAAAUCGACACGAAAAAGUCCAGGAGAACUGCAUUGACCUGGUGGGGAGAAUAGCUGACAGGGGGCCUGAGUAUGUCUCCGCCAGGGAGUGGAUGAGGAUCUGCUUCGAGUUGCUGGAGCUCCUGAAGGCACACAAAAAAGCCAUUCGUAGGGCAACAGUUAAUACCUUCGGUUAUAUUGCCAAGGCCAUUGGUCCCCACGAUGUCCUGGCAACACUUCUCAACAACCUCAAGGUCCAGGAGAGACAAAACAGGGUGUGUACCACCGUCGCCAUUGCCAUUGUCGCUGAAACCUGUAGCCCCUUCACUGUCCUCCCAGCUCUGAUGAACGAGUACAGAGUACCAGAGCUCAACGUCCAGAACGGUGUCCUAAAAUCUCUGAGUUUUCUCUUCGAGUACAUCGGCGAGAUGGGUAAGGAUUACAUCUACGCGGUCAGUCCACUCCUGGAGGACGCCCUAAUGGACCGAGAUCUCGUCCACCGACAGACUGCCUGCGCAGCCAUCAAACACAUGGCCCUGGGUGUCUAUGGAUUUGGCUGCGAAGACGCCCUCAUUCAUCUUCUCAAUCACGUCUGGCCGAAUGUCUUCGAGACAUCACCACAUCUCGUUCAGGCAUUCAUGGACGCUGUCGAUGGGCUCAGGGUCGCCCUCGGACCCAUUAAAAUCCUCCAGUACACCCUCCAGGGUCUAUUCCAUCCUGCCAGAAAGGUGCGCGACGUUUACUGGAAAAUCUACAAUUCACUCUACAUCGGGGGACAGGAUGCACUCGUUGCUGGAUACCCUAGGAUCCUCAAUGAUCCAAAAAAUCAGUACAUUCGGUAUGAACUCGAUUAUGUACUGUAAUUAGCUACACCUAAUCGACAAUAGAUCAUCACAAUCACGACUACUGUUUUCUUAUUCUUUAAACAAUAAUACAAUUGUUCAUGUGGAUUUUAUGUUUAAUAUAAUUACUGUAUAUGGAAAAA